UAGCAAUCUUACGCAGCUUUUAUCUUUUUUUUCUCCUUACUCUUCAAAAAAAACAGUUACAGAGGUUAAAGAGACGGCGCCAAUUCGCUGUCCGCCUUGUACGAGCUCAAGCUUCGUCUAGGCCCUCGAUUUUCUCUACCCCAAAUUUAGUUUCUUUAGUCUCAGUUUAGCAUUUUUAAGUAGAAAUGGCGGUGAAAGCAACAAAAGCAGAGAAGAAGAUCGUUUACGAUUCGAAGCUUUGUCAGCUUUUGAAUGAGUACCCUCAGAUUCUUGUCGUUGCAGCUGACAAUGUUGGAUCCACUCAGCUUCAGAGCAUUAGGAAAGGUUUACGAGGUGAUUCAGUUGUUUUGAUGGGGAAGAACACAAUGAUGAAGAGAUCUGUGAGGAUUCAUGCUGAUAAAACUGGCAAUCAAGCUUUCCUCAAUCUCCUUCCUCUUCUUCAGGGGAAUGUUGGGUUGAUCUUCACUAAGGGUGACUUGAAAGAAGUCAGUGAAGAGGUUGCUAAGUACAAGGUUGGAGCUCCUGCUCGUGUAGGUUUAGUCGCUCCAAUUGAUGUGGUUGUGCAACCAGGCAACACUGGUCUUGACCCUUCACAGACAUCCUUCUUCCAGGUGCUUAACAUUCCAACAAAAAUCAACAAAGGUACAGUUGAGAUCAUAACCCCGGUGGAACUCAUCAAGAAAGGUGACAAAGUCGGUUCAUCUGAGGCUGCGCUUCUAGCCAAGCUUGGAAUCAGGCCGUUCUCUUAUGGUCUCGUCGUUGAGUCAGUCUACGAUAAUGGCUCAGUGUUUAACCCUGAAGUGCUUAACCUCACUGAAGACGACCUUGUUGAGAAGUUUGCAGCUAGUGUCUCGAUGAUCACCGCACUUUCUCUUGCAAUCUCUUACCCAACCGUAGCAGCUGCGCCUCACAUGUUCCUCAAUGCUUACAAGAAUGUUCUUGCUAUUGCCUUAGCUACUGAGUAUUCUUUCCCUCAGGCUGAGAAUGUGAAGGAGUUCCUAAAGGAUCCAACCAAGUUUGCAGUUGCAGCGGCUGCACGGGAUUUAGUAGAGUCUGGUGGAGCUGUAGUGGCAGUAGCUGUGGAGGAAGAAGCUGCAGAAGAGUCUGAUGGGGACAUGGGAUUCGAUUUGUUCGGUUAAAAUACACCGUCUUAUCUUUUGCCAAUCUAUUUUCCUCUGUUCGUCUAAAAUAAGCCAGUCUUAGCCUU